AUGAAAAAAGUCUUCGUAACACUUCUUAUAAUUGCAGUAGCUAAUGCAAUUGAAGUAGAAAUGAAAACAUAAAAUUUAAAAACUCGAGAAAGAAGCUUGAGUUUUUAGGAAGCCAAUGAUAUUAAUACAACUAAGUUUACAUGCUAAAUGAGGUUUGAUUUCUAUGAUUACACCAUCGUAGAGUUAUCUAAGUGGGCUGAUAUUGUUGAGCAUAAGGAUUAAUUAUAGAAGGAUAUAACAAUUAUUGACCAAAUCGCUAGAUUAGUGGAAAAAGCAAAGCAAAUUGAUGAUGUUUAAUAAUAAAAAAUGUUCUUGCAAAUUACAGGAAGCUUAUCAAAUUCAUUAUUAGACAUGUCACUUGCUUAAUUAAAUCAUUAAUGGGCAAGAGGAAAUCUAGAUUAAUGCAUAGAAUAUAUGAGAUAAUUCUAAAAUACUUAGAACUAUGAUGAACGUGUUGCUAUGGCAAAUAAAAUUGAAGAUUAUUUACAGAACAUGAGAUAUUAAAUAAAUAGAAAUUUAAAUGAAUGCUCUUAAUAUCAAUAGCCUACAAGGUUGAGAGAAAAGAUAAGAGAUUUGUAAAUGAAAAAAUAGGAAUGCUAAUACAAUCAUAAUAGAGAUGAUAAUAAUUAAUACUAAUAUGAAUACCCUUCUAAUUAAGGUUCAAUUCCUUAAUAAUAAAUACCAACAAAUUCAGCUACAAGGUAAGAAUCAUAAGGUCCAUUACCUAUCCUUUAUAAUGAUGAUGAUGUCUGUCCUUAAGGCGAAGAGGAUGAUACACCCUAAAAUGCCAGCGAGGAGCAAGGUAAUGAUAAAUCAAAAAAUACUUCAUCAGAAGAGGAAGAGAUAGAUAUUGAUAUUGAUAUAGAACCAACUCCAGAUAGUAAUAGAAUUAAUGGAGAAGAAGAUGAUGAUUUAACAGCAGAUUCCAAAAAAAAAAAACCAAGAGAAAUAAUAAUAGAAAGGGAAUUUGGGCCAGAUUCUGGACAUCAAAAUAAUUACGAUGAACCUGAUUUAUGCAUUAGCGGUGAGGAAACUCAGUUCGAAUCAGAUAUUAGCGUAAAUGAUUAAUCAGACCCCAUUCAGGAAGAAAAAGAUAUCUAAAAACCAAAAGUAGAAGAAGAAGAAAAAAAAUAAUAAGAAAACUAAAAAAAUAAGAAUCCUCCUUUGGAAAUUCCUCCAGAUGACGAUGAAGAAGUUGUUGAAGGAGAGAUAGUAAAAGCAGAUGGUGUAGGAGCUUCUACUGAUGGUAGGGUAGGAUCAUAGGAGAUUAAUAAAUAAACUUAGCAAUAGUAAAACAAUAAAUAGGUAUAAGCAAAUUAAAGUGAUAAGGUUUAGUAAGGAGUUAAGGAGUAAGAUGAUGCUAAAAAGGCAAAAGAAUAACAAAAUACACAAUAGUAAAAUAAUGAAGAUGCAGGUGAGGAAGAUGUUUAUGAAUAAAUUGAAGUAGAAGAACCUGAUGGUAAUGGAAAAGUAAGAAAAGUCAAGAAAACUGUGAAAAGAAGAGUUAAAAAAACUAAAAAGAUAAGUGGAUCUUCAGGAUCUUCUACCUCUAAAUCAUCACAAAUUUCAAGCACUUCUAAUGCAUCCUCAUCAUCAUCCUCAUCAUCAUCAUCAUCAUCAUCAUCAUCAUCAUCAUCAUCAUCAUCCUCAUCUUCCUCAUCAUAAUAAGCAUCAGCAUAAGCAUCAGCAUAAGGAUCGGCAUAAGGAUCGGCAUAAGGAUAGGGAUCAGGAUCUGCAAAUGCAUCAGCACAAGGAUCGGCAUAAGCAUCAGCACAAGGAUAAGCAUAAGGAUCAGCACAAGGAUCGGCAUAAGGAUCAGUAUAAUCAAGUUAAUCAACAACUAGUAGCAGUCAAUCUAAUAAGGCUGUAGAAGGUAGUUCAUCAACGUAAAGUUAAUCUACUCAAUCAAAUGCGUCUGCUUCCAAAGUAAAAACUUCACAAGAAGGAGAUGAUGGAGAGGAAGAUGUUUAUGAAUAAAUUGAAGUAGAAGAACCUGAUGCUAAUGGAAAAGUAAGAAAAGUCAAGAAAACUGUGAAAAGAAGAGUUAAAAAAACUAAAAAGAUUAGUGGAUCUUCAGGAUCUUCUUCAUCUAAAUCAUCAAAAAUUUCAAGCUCAUCUAGUGGUUCAAAAUCAUCAUCCUCAUCCUCAUCAUCAUCAUCAUCUUCAUAGGCAUCGGCAUAAGGAUCAGCAUCCUCAAGUUAAUCUACUCAAUCAAAUGAAUCUGCUUCCAAAGAUAAUACUUCACAAGAAGGAGAUGAUGGAGAGGAAGAUAUUUAUGAAUAAAUUGAAGUAGAAGAACCUGAUGCUAAUGGAAAAGUAAGAAAAGUCAAGAAAACUGUGAAAAGAAGAGUUAAAAAAAUUAAAAAGAUAAGUGGUUCCUCUGGAUCUUCUUCUUCUAAAUCAUCAAAAUCCGCAAGUUCAUCUAGCUCUUCCAGCUCAUCAAGCUCAUCUAAUUCAUCAAGUUCAUCUAGCUCAUCAAGCUCAUCUAGUGGAACUGCUUCAGGAAGUACAUAAAAGUAAGCAGAUUAGAAUAAAUAAAAUAAUUAGAAGGUUAGUCAAUCUGUAGCUGAUAGACUAACUUAAAAACAUUCUGAAGCCGAAUAAAAAGAAUAAGGAUAAGGUUCAAGCAGCAGUUCCAAAAGUUAGUAAGUUGCUACUGGAGGAUAAACCAGCAGUAGCACUUAAAAAGGAAGUUAAAGUAGUAGUAGUUAAAGCUAAACUACUAAGCAAUCUUCAUCAUCAUCAUCAGGCAAUAAAAAAUCUUAGUCUAAAAGUUCUUAAGGAUAAAGUAGCAAUAAAUAAAAGAAAAAGGUUGUGAAAACUGAAGAUGGAGAAGAAGUUUGGGAAGAAUUUUCUGUUGAGGAAGUGACUGAAUACACUAUAGAUUCUGAAGGAAAUAUGCAUGUUAUUUCUUAAACAAGUUCAUAGGUUCCAAAAACAAAAGCAUACUUUUUAAACUCAAUUGGAGACUAAUAAAUCAAUCUUGAUAUUGAAGAAAAUAAUGAUGAGGAUGCCCCUAAAGUUUCAGUAGAAGAUGCAAGAAAUGAAUCUUUUUAUAAUGAAGAGUCAAGAAAUAAUUAGGAUGAUUAUCUUUACGAAAAAGAUGGAGAUAAUUAAGUUGAAACUCAAUAUGUUGAUGAUGUCUAAUAGGAAAAUGACUUUGUUAAUUAAGAUGAUUAGACUGGAGAAAUAAGUUAGGAUGUUUAAUUAGAUGAUGAAUAAGAAUACAUCUAUUAUGAAGUAGAAGGGGAUUAAGUAAUUUAUUAUGAAUAUGAUCCUAAAAUUAAUGCUUAUCAUAGAGUAAAUAUGAUUGAUCCAGAAUAAAAAAAUUCUCUGAUCAUACAAGAUUCAUAAUUUGAUGAUUUAUUAGAUAGCGUUAUGGAUGAUAAUAAAGAUGAAAAAUAAUUGCCAACAGAAUAGAUUAGUGGAUAGGAAACAACAAAUAAAAAGGAUUAGUAAUAGAAGGAGGAAGCACCAAAAAAAGAAGUUACAGAUAAUUCGAAUAAUUAAGAAAAAUCUUCUGCUGAUUAAGUUAAAUCUAAUGAUAAUGUUGGCCAACCUACUAACGUUGAAAAUAAAUAAAAUUAAUAAAGUGAAAUUUAAAGUGCAGAAGACAAAUCUAAAUUAAAAGUAGAUUAAUAGCCUGAGCAGGAUCAAAAUAAUGGGAAAAAAGAAUAGUAAGUUGAUCAGAAAAAAGAAAAUAUUGGAAAUUCUGUUAAUUAAAUAAAAGAAGAAAAAGUAAAAAUAGAUGGUAUAAGUGUUGAGAAAAAAUAAGAAGUAAAGGAUGAGAAUGAAAAAUCUUUAAAAAUUUAAACAUUGAAGGAGGAAUUCAAUCCUAAUGAACCAACUUAAUAUGAGCCUCCUAAACAUAAAGUUAACACUAGGCCAAAAACAGAAAAAGUCAAUGUUCCAGUUUCAACAAAAUAUGCUAAAUCCUCGUUUGAUGGAGAAGUAGUAGAAUAAUAUGAAUUUGCAGACAGAGAACUUCUACAGGAUUCUGAUGAAUAUGGAUAUGGAUUUUGGAUGAGAUACACCUCAAAUGCGCCUAAAGUGCAUUAAAGAAAACCAGAAACCUAUUACUUCUUAUCUCGACUAACUUCAAAUCAAGAUUAUAAAGAUUUAACCUAUUAUGGGGACAGAACUUUAGCUAUUUUUAUGAUUGAAAACUCUUUUAUUUUCUCAACCUACGAUCAUUAAGAAAAGAAAAAAGUGAAAGAUUAGAUUGUGGCUUUAAAUGAAGAUUUAGAUAGCAUGUGGUAUUUUAUCACAUUCUCUUACAGUACAGCUAAGAAAGCAGCAGUAGGGUUUGUUGUCGGAUAUGGUGAUAAUAAUAAGAUUCUAAGGAGUGAAAUUUAAUGCAGACAUGUCCCACCUUAGUACUUUAAAUUAAUGAUUGGUGGAAAACACUUGACUUAUGAAGGAUUAAAUGGACAAUUUGCAAACAUCUUUUAUGACAUUGAUGCUCCAGCAUUUAUAGAUACUGAAGCAAAAGUAAGAGAGAUCAUUAAAACUAUUUCAAACGUGCCCUAAUAAGUUACAAAUUUAAUAGAUUUAGAAGUAAUUACAAUUCCAAAAUUAUUUAAUGCAAACACUGCAAGUGAUUCUGUGAUUCUAGAUCCUUAGGAGUCUUAAUUGAUAAUUGAGGAGUAUAGUGUUGCAGCAUGGUUUAGAUGGAUAGAUGAUUUGAAGGUUGAUAGUGAAAAUACUUUCUAAAUCUUUAAUUUAAGAUCUAACGAAAAGAAAUCCUAAGGAAAAGGAAUAUUAGGGGAUAGAUCGCUCGAAAUGCAUUAUGUUUAUGGAGGAGGAUCCAAGAGCUCUGUCUACUUUAAUACUUACACUAUCGAAGGCAAUAAAGCAAAAGGAUCAACCUACUUAUCCAAAGCUGUUUAAUCCCCUAACUACUUAUGGCAUUAUGGUUUUAUGGCUUAUGAUAAUGACAAAAUAAAAGUUUAUGGAGCUUUAAUUAGACCAGGGAAAUCUGAUGAGAUUACUUUUGAUCCAAUCCAACAUAAAUUGAUAACAAAAUUGUUUUUCACAUUGGGUGGAGAUGAUUAAAUAUCACCAUUUAAUGGUAAAAUUGGAUAUGUAGGAGUGUACUUAGGGCCAGGAGCAUACAGAUAAGCACUUAAUUUUGGCUAAUAAUUUUACUAUGGAGAUGGUGCAAUGAAUGUUUAUUAAUUAAUGAAACCAAUAUAAUAUAAAGAUGAUGUAACUGAACCUAAUGUUGUAAGAGAUUGUUAUUAUGAUGCAGAAAAUGCAUUAGUAGACAAGAUACUCAUUCAUGACGACUCAAAAUUAAGAAUAAAUGGUUAAAGUGAAUAUUCUUUUGGAAUGUGGACAAGAUGGUUGAGUACAAUGCCAAAAUAUCUAGUAUAAAGAGGAUCAGUUCACAAUAUCGCUAGAUUUGGUACACAACCAUAUUUAAUCGAAUAAGUUGAUGGAAAAUUAAAAAGAGCAAAUACAAGACCAUAAACAAUUAAAGAUCAAACUUUGGCAGUGACUUUAAGCAAAGAAGCAUAUGAAUUCUAUACAUAUAGUGCUAAGGAUGAAGUACAGUUUACAAAAUUAGAGGGUUGGUGGAAUUAUAUCUAUUUUGGAUACAAAAGAUUUGGAGAUAAGGGCACAGCUAGAGGAUAUGUUCAAUUUGGUGUUGACGGAGAGAUUAAGGAAGUUUCUUUUGAUAUUUUCCAUGAUUAUAUAGUUGAAUAUGUUGAAUUUGUUGUUGGUAAGUCUUAGGCUCCAUUCUUUAAUGGUUAAAUGACUAAAAUAUAAUGUUCAAUAGGGCCUGGAGCAUUUUUGUCAAGUGCUGAUGACCUGAGAUUAUAUACUUAAAAUACAUUACCAGAAAAAGCUUAAAUCCAUCCAGUCUCAAGAUAAACUUAAUAAUUAAUUGGAACACCAGUGAGUGAGCCAACUAAUACAUUUUAAUUUGAUAAGUUUUAAGGAUCUCUUGAGUAUGCAGUCUCUGGGUGGGUUAAAUGGAGUGGUUUAUAAAAGUUGGGAAAGGUUUCUCACAUUAUCACAAUGGCUUAGAAGAGAUUAGCUGACUUAGAUGGGAAGAACGAGGAAACACUUAAGAUUCGUAGAUCUGAUUUAUCAUAUGUUUAUUCUACAUAUCAUUGUAAGGGUGAGGAUUGUUCUUAAAUAAUAAAUAAGGAAUAAUAAUUUGGAGAAUAUUGGGAUUAAUGGACUUAUAUUUAUUUUGGUUAUUCAACUCCAUUAAAGAAAGCAUUCGGUUACAUUAAAUAUACCUUUACUGAUGAUAAGUUUCUGUUGGAGGACAUCAAUCAUUUUUAUCUUGCUGUAUUCAGCAUAAUAAUUGGAAAUGAAAAAGAGAAGUUUUAAGGAUAAAUGAAAACUUGGGUGAUUAAUAUUGGAGAAGGAUCUUUUAGAGAAGGUGGAUUUGAAAGCGACGAGAAUAUUAAAGUACAUUUCGGCUUUAUUAGUGGAACUGACCAUAUUAAAUUGUAGUAGGCAGGAUAAGAAGCUCAUCGUGAAGAAUAAGUGCUUGAAUGUUCAGCAAAUGGAAAAGAAGUUCCUUUGCAUGUUUAAUUCGAAUAAAAUGAUAAAUUACACCUUUAAGGAGUUAGUGAAUAUGGUUAUGGAUUUUGGUCCAGAUUUUAGCAUUUUGCAAAUAAGGGAGUUUUAUACUAAUAGCCAUAAUGGAUGGGUAUGGCCAGAUUGACAAGUUAAAAGGAUUAUAAAGAUUUUGAUUAGCCUGGAGAUAGAGUAUUAUUGGUGUUGAUGGGUAAGAAUGUUUAUCAUUUCUCAACCUACAAUGUCUAACCAGCUUCAAAUAAUGUAAAUGGAAACAUACCUUAUGGAUUAGAAUCUGAAAGCGAAUGGACUUAUGUUUAUUUUAGUUACAAAAGAAUUUCUUAGACACUUGGACAUGCAGUAGCCUUCACUUCCUUUGGAGAAGUAACCCCUGGAAUAUAAAUGGAUGUAUUACACAACUUACUCUAAAAUUAUUUACAAUUAACAAUAGGACAUGCAGGUAAAUAUUACCCCAACUUUAAUGGAUAAAUCACAACUGUGAGAUUCAAUUUAGGACCUGGAGCUUUUAUUGAAAACACUGCAGGCAUCAUGGCUAGAAUUAAAAAUAAAGAUCCAAAACCAGAUAUUCUAUCAGUUCCUAAAAAUUACGAAGUAUUUGUAGGUAAAUAAGAUGCUCAAAAACUGAAAAUUGACAAUCCACUGAUUAUUGAAUAAGAAGCUAGAGAAUAUUCAGUUUAAAUAUGGUUCAGAUGGUUCAAAACACCAAUAAAACCCAACUAGGUCAUUUAUAGACUCUCCUCAAACAAAGCUGAAAAUGAUGCCUCAAAGAUUGGUGAUAAAGUAUUAAUGUUAUCUCAUAUUGGAACUGCCUUAUUUAGUACUUACACUUUGCAAGAUGCAGUUAUGAAUGUUCCUUUCGAAUGCAAUAUUCCAAAGUAACAACUUGAAAUUUGGACUUUUGCUUAUUUUGCUUAUUCUAAGAAAGAGAGAAAAGUUCAGUAUUAUUUGAAGGCUGAUACUCACGAAAAUAAAGGGUUGGAGCCAAUUCUUCAUGCCGUAUCUUCAAAGUUUUGGUUGUAUGUAGGAAGGGAUGGCAUAUUGGAGAAUUUCAACAGUAGAGUUGCAUAAUUAACAUUGAAUUUUGGAGAAGGUUCAUUCCGAAAAGAUAACUUUUUGUAAUUGCCAGUAUUCAUAAUGUCUUCUAAACUAUUCUCAUAAGAAAAGAAGAACAAUUGGGAAAAUGCAGCGAAGGUUGUACUUGGUUAGCCUUAAACAGUAAAAUUCAUUGAUGAACCAGAUAAACCAAUUGAAUCUAUGUAAGAAUACAGCAUAGGGUUUUGGUGCAGAUUCUUAUAAGCAUGGCCUGAAAGGUUGUUUAGAUUACCAUAAGAAAUGUAAUUAGUCAGAUUGACUUCAAAUGAAUAAAUAGAAGUAGGAAAGGUGGCUAUGGGAGAUAGAAUCUUAGCUUCUCAUAUUGUUUAAGGUCAUUAUUAAUUUUCUACUUAUGAUUUGAAUGACGAUGCACCCAAUGAACUAAGAACUAUAGCGUAUUCUAAAUUAGAGGGAUAAUGGAAUUACAUCUACAUGGGUUAUUAGAGAGUGAGCUAGUUAGCCUCUUAUUUUGUGUAUGAUGGUAAAGAGGUCUAACAAAUUAAAAAUUAAGAUUUACUACAUAAGCCUUUAGGAGACUUUGUAAUUUUACAUAUAGGAGGUGAACCAGAGAUUCCAGGAUUUCAAGGGUUAAUGAGCAAAAUAGCAGUCAAUUUUGGAGUUGGUUCAUUCUUUGGGUUGGUUGAGGAAGUAAAGAAGACAAUAGAUAAUUCUUUUGCACUUGAAUAGCAAUUGACAGUAGACUAUAUUCAUAAGUAGAAACAUGGACAAUAAGAAUUAAUUGGUAAGAUCGAAACAGUGACUGACACUGUUGGUGGUACAGAAUUAAGAGGGGAUACUUGGUCAUCUGUUGGCGAAUAUUCAAUCAGUGGAUGGUUCAAGAUAGCUGAAGUAAAGGGAUAGAAUGCCAACGAUUGCCAAAUAUUAUUUAGAGUUACUAAUAAUGAUAAAGAGCAUUUGAAUGACAAAAGAAUUCAAGGAGAUAGAACUCUUUAUGCCUCUGUUUGUGUAGAUUCGAUUAAAUUAUCCACAUACACAAUUCAUGGAUUGAAAGAUUGGAAUGAAGCCAAGUAUUUGGAUGAAAAGAUAGAAUUAGGCCAUAAUAAAAAAGCAUGGAUAUAUAUUUAUAUGGGUUACAAUGAAGACAUAUAAGAGGUACAUGCACUACUUCAUUUAUUCGAUGAUGAUAAACCAAUUAUAUUUAAAGGAAUCUAGCAUUUCGUACCAAAUUACACUGGAAUUUAUGUAGCAAAAGAUCCUUUCACUAAAAGAUUCUAAGGAGAUCUUUAAAAUUGGGUGGCUUAAUAUGGGUUAGGUGCUUUUGUUAGCAUUUAAAAGAGAGGAUAUGAGGAUACAUUGCCAAAUUAUAGGGCAUUGCCAACUAAUCAGAAAUACAUGUGGUAUAAUAAGGAAGAAGGAGUAAUUGAAACAGAAAAGGCAAUAACUUAAGUUUUCACGACUGAAGUUGAAUCAGUAGAUGAAUACUCUAUUGGAGUAUGGACAAGAUGGUUGAUAUCAUUUCCAACUACUCUUACUGAAAGAUAAGAUCGACAUAAUAUUUUCAGGUUCUCAUCUAAUAAAGAGGAUUAGGAUAAAAGUGAAUUAGGAGAUAGAGUAUUGACAGCCUUUUUAUCUCUUGGGAACUAUGAAUUUAGUACUUAUGAUGUACUCAAACCAUCAAAUGCUGUUGAUGGCAAAUUACCAUACACAGAAUUAGAAGGAGCAUGGACCUACGUUUAUGCAGCUUAUAAGACUGGAUAAUUCUAUGGAAUGGUCUUGUUUAGAGAAUAAUAAAAGGCUUAACAUAUUGAAUUACAAGUCUAACAUAGAGCUUUAACUGGAUUUGCAAAGUUUGUUUUGGGAGCCAAGGAGUUCGGAUUUAGAGGAUUUCAUGGAUGGUUAUUUGAUCCAAGAAUUUUCCUUGGUCAGGGAUCUUUCAUUAGUGAAAGCCAGAAAGUAGUUGAUAUGGUACUCAAAUUGCAUCGUAAAUUACCAGUUCAACCUCUCGAUGCUGAAGAUUUUAAAUGGCCUGUCCAAAUUAUUGAUACUACACUUGAAGAUGACAUCAAUGUCAAAAAAGAUAAAUUCUCAUUUGCAUUCAAUGACAAGCCAGGUCUGGUAGAAUAUUCAUAUGGAUUUUGGAUGCAAAAUUCUGUUCUAACUCCAGAAUUAACUGAUGAAUACAGAGGCCUAGUUAGGUUGUCUACUAACAAUGAAGGAUCUGAUGAAAGAUAUAUUGGUGAUAGAACUCUAGCACUUUUUACUAAAACUGAUGAAAUUGUUGCUAGUACAUACACACUCAAAGAUCCUACUUUUGAACCAGUUAGCCAUACUUUUAAACUCAUACCAUAUUAGUGGACAUUUGUUUAUUUUGGUUAUGCUCCUGGAAAUGCUAGAGCUUAUAUAUUGGGAAUUAAGGGACCAACUGAAUAAAUUCUGAAUGUUAGACAUGCCAUUCCAAAUGGCUUCUAUUUAAAUGUCAUUAAAGAUUAGUCUCAUCCUCUGUUUUAUGGUAAAUUCUAUGGGUUAAAACUCUUGUUUGGAUAAGGCAGCUACUUGGCGAAUCCUUAAGAGAUGAUAGAAAAAUGGCCAUACGAUCCUAAAGUACUACCACCAGCUCCAAAAUAAGAGGAAAAGAUAUUAUCACUCAAUUCAGCUAAAGUAGAUAGAGCUUAAAAUAAAGAUCAUGAAUAAUUUCAUGAAUGA